AUGUCGGACAACAACAAUCAACAGCCCCAGCAAGGCGGCGGUUUCUUUGGAGGCCUCAGCAAUGCUGCUGGCGGUUUAGCUUCUGGUGUAGGAGGUGUAGCAUCAGGCACCGUCAACACCGUCGGAGGUGUCGUUGGCAACGUCGGACGCGGUGUUGGAAAGACACUUUCUGAUGCUUCAUCCGGGCUCGAGAACACAGCCAAGGGUGCCGGUGGCAGCAUCAACGAUGUUACUGGCGCAAAGAGUCAGAACCAGAAGAAGUAA